UAUGUAUUCCAGUUAAUUUUUUCCCCCUCUCUUUUUCUUCAGUUUAAAUAGUGACAUGUGCGUUCCAGUGCAUUUUUGGUGUGUUUUGGUGUGUUUUUUGAUGCAUUUUAUCAAGUUCCAGUACAGUUCUGUGCAGGAAAAAUACAGCAUGUUCUACUUUUUAUUCUGCAGCCGGAAUGCACUGGAACUGCAAGCACCACUGAUGUGAACUAUGACAUUGACAACCACAUAACUUAUUUUCUGUGCGUUUUGGAUGCAGAAAAAAAGCAACUGAAAUGCACGUAGUGUGAACUGGCCCUUAA